CAGUGAAUCUGGCUCUUGGGUUAAUGGCCAACGACCCGUUGAAGUCGGUGGGUCUGUUAGACGCAGACGUUUACGGUCCAUCGAUUCCCAAACUGAUGAACCUGAAGGGAAACCCGGAGCUCAAUGACAACAACCUGAUGCUUCCUCUCACAAACUACGGGGUUCCUUGCAUGUCGAUGGGCUUCCUGGUGGACGAUGUGGCUCCGAUCGUCUGGAGGGGUUUGAUGGUGAUGUCAGCGAUAGAGAGACUCAUCAGACAGGUUGACUGGGGGUCAUUGGACUAUCUUGUGGUCGACAUGCCUCCUGGGACAGGGGACGUCCAUCUGUCAAUCUCCCAAAACAUCCCAAUAGCAGGUCAGUCUCACACA